CAGGGUUAUAGUGGUCUUCUAUCUGAACACUGAACUUGGAGUUGCUGUAUGUAUUCUAAACAGAAUACAAAUGAUGGAGCCAUCAGAAAUUGCAUCAGGUACUUCAUCUUAUUUACUGAAACAAAAUAUCUCUCAAAGUGCCCUCUCUGCAAACUGCUCUUUCCAGAAAUGAUACUUCAUCACCAGUUUAUCAGCGUAACAAGUACACUUGUAGAUAUGCUGUGGCAAAGUAGGAAGUGCUUCUGGAACUGAUAAAAUUCUUAAGAAGGAACUUUGCAUCACUACAGGUGCAAUGUAAUCUUAUGGUUUAGUGCCUUGGAAGCCGGCAACAGAACUACUGUGUUCAAAAUGGUUUAUGGUGAAUUUUUCCAUAGACCUGGGAAAGAUGAGGAACUUAUUCACUUGAAUGUGGGUGGCUUUAAGCAGUCAGUCGAUCAAAGUACUUUGCUUCGAUUUCCUCAUACCAGACUUGGAAAACUGCUCAAAUGCCAUUCUGAAGAGGCUAUCCUGGAAUUAUGUGAUGAUUACAGCGAUGCAGACAAGGAAUAUUACUUUGAUAGGAACCCUUCUUUGUUUAGAUAUGUUUUGAAUUUUUACUAUACGGGUAAACUGCAUUUCAUGGAGGAACUUUGUGUCUUCUCCUUCUGCCAAGAAAUAGAAUACUGGGGGAUCAAUGAGCUGUUUAUUGAUUCUUGCUGUAGCAGUAGGUAUCAAGAAAGAAAAGAAGAAGGUCAAGAUAAGGACUGGGAUCAGAAAAGCAAUGAGAGAAGUAUAGACUCUUCCAAUGAAGAAUCAUCCAUAUUUGAGAAAGAGCUGGAGAAAUUUGAUAAACUGUGGCUUGGUGAAAUACGAAAGAAAGUAUGGAUUAGAAUGGAAAAUCCUGGGUACUGCUUAUCAGCCAAGUUAAUUGCAGUUUCUUCCCUGAGUGUAGUGCUAGCAUCAAUUGUAGCCAUGUGCAUCCACAGCAUGCCAGAGUUCCAAAGAAAGGAUGCCAAUAAUAGAGAGAUUGAAGACCCUGUUUUGGAAGCUGUGGAGAUAGCGUGCAUCAUCUGGUUCUCCAUCGAGUUUGUGAUAAGGCUCGCUGUAGCUCCAAGUCAAAAGAAGUUCUGGAAAAACCCUCUGAACAUAAUUGAUUUUGUCUCUGUUAUUCCAUUUUAUGCCACGUUGGCCGUGGACACAAAGGAAGAAGAAAGUCAAGACAUUGAGAAUAUGGGGAAAGUGGUUCAGAUCCUACGGCUAAUGAGGAUAUUUCGUAUCCUGAAACUAGCAAGGCACUCUGUAGGACUUCGAUCAUUAGGUGCCACUUUGAGACAUAGUUACCAUGAAGUUGGACUUUUGCUUUUGUUUCUGUCUGUUGGGAUUUCUAUAUUCUCAGUUUUGGUCUUCUCAGUGGAAAAAGACGAUGAAGCAUCAGAAUUGCACAACAUCCCAGUCUGUUGGUGGUGGGCAACGAUCAGCAUGACUACUGUUGGCUAUGGAGACACUUUCCCGGUCACUCUGCUGGGAAAGUUUAUUGGUAGCAUUUGUAUUAUCUGUGGAAUAUUAGUGGUGGCCCUUCCAAUCACUAUAAUUUUCAACAAGUUUUCUAAAUACUAUCAAAAGCAAAAGGAUAUUGAUAUAGACCAAUCCAACAAUGAUCACAAAAAGAAAUGUAAUGAGCUACCUUAUUUUAACAUUAGGGAUAUUUAUGCAAAAAGGAUGCACUCCUUCAUUUCUAGCCUUUCUUCAGUAGGAAUUGUAGCCAGUGAUCAAGAUUCAACAGAUGCCUCCAGCAUCCAGGAUAUGGAGGAGGUUUAUAACACAACGUCUGUAGAGAAUGGUACUGGAAAAUGAGUUGAAUCAUUUUCUCUUUAUUUCUCUUUUGGUUAAUGCAGAUUUAUAAACUCCAGUGAAUUUAAGAACACUUAAUUCUCAGGGUAUUUAACUCUCAGCCAUAUUUGGACAUUCUUUCUUUGCUCUCAUGUUGUCACACAAGCGUUAUUGUUUAGACGAGUCUUAAUAAUAUACCUCAUAUGGCAAUUUAGUUUUCACAUGACGCGUGCUAUGCAUUUUGGGAGUGUGGAGGUGGGGUGGAAAAAGCUAAAAAAUGACACAAGUUAAAUACAAGUCUAAUAUUUGUUCUUGCAGCAGUCUGAUUUAUACAGAAUGUGUUUUUGUAAUGUACUGCUGUUUAGGUAACUGCAGAUUACUACUAUAUAUAAAAUAUAGCACAACUAAGUGAAGUUUCUACAUUCACGUAUACUUGCAAAAACUAAAAAGCAAUUAAAAUACAUGCAAAAUUAUGUUUGCUUGGUAGACAUGGAGAUUAGUAACCUAAUACACUUCCUAAUUCAGGAUAGGAAAUUUAUUGGUACAUUAUAUUGUAUCUACAUGGAAGCAUAAUAUUUAUCAAUUUCCUUCCAAAAUCAGAAUGUUUUAGAUUUAAAAAAAAAAAAAUUGUACACAGUGAGGGUGUUUCUCAAGGUUGCCAAUUCUGGUUGGACAUAUUCUUGGAGGUUUCAUCACAUGACAUAAUCUUUAAUUACAGAUUAAUUCCUGAAAACUCCAAGAGAAUCCUUGUGGGUUGGCAUCCCACUAUAUAUGGUUUUGUUCCUUGUGUAGUCAGUGACACCUGUAUCCAGUGAGUGGAAAAAGGAGACACAACCCUAUAAGGAAGAUACUGUAUGCAUUUCUGAAAGGCCCAGCACAGAAGUCACAGCCCCAGAUUGGAAGGGUAGGGUGCUUGUGUCAAGAUUUUCAGACCCAACCUUAGGGCUGAGACAGGACGAAGUCUGAAGCAGUACUGGGCUUGGAAGGUUCCACUCCUUAGCUAUGGCUGAGCAUGGUCCUCUCCCCCAAGAAGCAGCAAAAAGGAAGUUGCAGGCAAGAGUGUGGGAGGAGAAAAGAGAAGUAUUUUCUAGAGAACCUAUGUUCUACAGCAGCAGAAGUAGAAUCCACUCCUGAGGGUAUGUGGCUUUGAUUUCUCCCUCUCCCCCAGCCUGACACUAAAUAGGCAGGGGCCAGGGCACCGGGGGGUUACAGUCAUUGGCCCUAGACUGGGGGAGGGGGAAGGUCUGAGGCAAGAUCUAUCCCAAACUGAGAGAUGGGUGUGAUGGGAAGUGUUCCAGGGGCAUGCAAGAAGCUGGACAGGCUGUCUCACAUCACUACAGUUUCAGGGCCCUGGACAGGGACUCCCAACUCUCAUCCCCAAGCCAGUCCAGCAGGGCCUCACGCAGAGGGCCUGAACUGAAAGUGAGAUUGCAGUGGGAGACCCAGCCCACUGUUGAUUAACUCCACCAUCCCGUUGCAAUAUUUUUAAGCCUCUCUUGUGCUCUUUAGUUCCUGGGAUGAUCUGAGGACAGGAGAGGCCAUUGGGAUAACAUUGGAUAUGUCUGUACUGAAAUCACAGGGUGUGAGUGCCUCUCAACUAGCAUUAAAUAGCUCGGGUCCCAGAGCAACGAAGCUGAGAGAGGGUGUGCUUCAGUGUGGGCAGUUCAAAUCUGCCAGGCUUCAGUGCUUUGAUGCAUGAGCUUCCUAGAUUAAAGCUAGCUCAGGUACAUCUGUGGGGUUGUAUUCACACGUCAUGUUUGCAAUGUAGCUGCACCCUUAGAGGGCUCUGGUGGGAUAACAGCUUCCCUGAUCUGGUCUAUGGGCUGGAGCAUGGACCAGGAUCUCUGGCCUACUGCAUGCUGCAACUGCCUCUGGCAUGUCCCUCCCAGCAGGAUUUGUGAGGCAGGCCCUCAAAAGUCAGCCUUAAACCAGUCUUCCAUGGGGACAGCACUGGAGUAAUCCUUCUUCAGAAUAGGUGCCUGUGAGGGGAGAGUGUGCAGGGAGGGCCAUGCAGAGGAACAGGGAGGAGGUACGAGGGAGGAAGCAUGCAGUGUACCUCCUAGGUCCUACCAUGAACCACCUAUAGGGCUAAUAUAUACCAUGCCAGACCUUUAGCCUCUGAGGGAAAUCUUUGACGCUGUUGAAGCACCUGGAAAUUUUGCACUUGGCUUCAGUGAAUCCAGGAUUUCACCAAAUGAUGAUGAUUUGGGGAUCUUACGCCCAUUUUUUGUACUCCCUUUCUCCUUAAGUGACUACACAAGGUGCAGGCCCAUAGACAAUCAGACCCCUUAGCUUGUUCUGUUUCUUUUCCCCUUCCCCUUAAAGGAAUACUUCAUGUUUAUUAUUAAUUUGGGAGCCAAAUCCUGGAGGUAUUAGUCUAUACUUAGGCAGAAUGUUCUCUGAAGUCAAUGGGAGUUCAGCGUAAGGAUGAAAUAAAAACUGAACGCUUGAUCUUAUUUAGCACUUGCAGAAUGCCCCAGAGACCGUGUAACUGGUGGUGGUCAUGUACGUGCUAGGAUUACUGGAGCUGUAUUGAUUUAAGGACACAGAUCCAUUGCUGCUGCUUCUACCCCACAUCGUAGGCCACAAGGCAGUGGAGUGAAUCCUUGGCCAUGCUGUGUGAGAGUAUUCUUCCCUCUUAGCUUGUUCAGAGCCCCUCAUGCUCAGCCCAGAACAGCUGUGUGGGACUUGUGGAGAGUAUUUAAGCUGUGUGGUCACUUCAGAAUUUGGCCCAUUCUUUAUAUAGUGUCAUAAAUGUGCAUGUUGCUUCACUGACAGUUAAGACAAGACCAGUUCUUUUAAUUAUCUCACCAAGAGUAGAACUUAAUCUUAAAUAUGUCUCAUUCUUACUGGACAGUUAAGGUUACAAAAAUGCUAUAUUCUACAUUGCUGGUUUCAUGGACAUGGAUAUUGAACAGAAACCACACAAUUUCCAACAGCAAAUUAUGGAAUGCCUGAAGAAUCACUUUCUGUAGCAUUUACAUAUAAGUAUAUGGCAUUUCAGCAGAGGGAACCAGAUCUAAAAUAAUGCAAAAUGCCAUACUUCACGCUAAAGUGCUAUUAUAACUUUCUUUCCUCAGUGAAUGCUAAGAAAAUCACCACAGAUAGUUGGAAAGAAAUAUGAAAACAUUGUUCUACGCUCUACAUAGAAAGCAUUAUAUAAGCACCACUGCUUACAUGGCUUUUCCAUGCUAAAUCUCAGCAACAAGUGAGAUAGUAUUAUCUUGCAGUAAAAGACAUUUUAGCGAAAGUUCUUGGUCUGUCCCAGGAAACCUUCUCAAGGCUGUCACAAUGCACUUAAUUAACUGUCUAACUUCCUUGGAACUAUUUUUUUAAAUACAUGGAUGGAUUUUAGAUGAGGCAGCUCCUUUUGAUAGCUAUGCUCCAGAAAAUGGAAACAUAUUAAUUCAUUCAGAUUUCAUCUACUCUGCAUCCUGGAGUGAAAUUUUGUCUCCACUAAAGUAAAAAAUCCCAUUUACUUAAAUGGAGAUGGGAUUUCACCCUUGGUAUUUUCUAAAAAGAAAUACAUUUUAUUUUUAUCUGGAUUUUGUGUUCUGUGUCAAGGGGAGAGAAUCAGCAAAACUCCUACUUUAACCACUCCCUGCUUGCUGCCAAGAUUGAUUAUUCAUGGACAGGGAGGGUAGGUAGAUUGCCAGUUGUAGCUACUGUUUCACUUCUACUCAUAAAGAGGUGUGGAUUUGGAGAUGUCCUUGCAAUGGGUUUGGUUUCUGCUUCUUUCCUCUUUCAGCGGAGCCUCACUGUUGUGUUUACUGAAGCACAAGGUGCCAACUUUGGUCAUGAAGUGCUGCAUGUUGGUGCAAGUUCUUAGCAACUCCACUAGUGUUGGUAGAGAUACUCUGGAUUACUCAGGUGUAAGUGAGAGCAGAAUUUGGCCCCAAGUACAUACUGAAAACAGCUUUCCAGAUUCCCUGGUAGCAGAGCAGUGAGACUAGCCUUAUUGCCCUCACUGAAGCCCUGAAACCAUGGCUGGCAUUCAGUCCCAGAGAAGGACUGGGGUAAUAUGUGAUUCCUCCCUCUUACUGCAUCUGAUGCUCACAUGUGCCCCUCCCCCCCAUCGUAAUAGCAUCAGGGCUUCCUUCUAUUAGUGGUGUUUAGUGCACCAAAGGAUUUUUUCUUCCUUGCACUUGGUCUUGACUUACAGUCAUAUACUAUCACUAACAGAAAGUACAUCAUGUUUACUCCUUGCUUUGCUAUUAUGUUUCCUGGCUUCACACAUUGUUCCCUUUCAAGAUAUUGCUUAAGGUAAAUCAUCCAGCUGUUAUCUACUGUGGUAUCUGAAAUAUAAGAGAGUAGUGUUAAGAUGUGCAUUCCAGUUUUUGUUGGAGAGAUUGUUUUUCAUUAUACAAAACAGUGCCUCAGCAUGUUAUUAGUUUCUGAGUCUUGCUUGCGGGAGCUUUUUCUUUUGAAACUCUGUAUUGAACACUGUUGCACAAUAACAUCCGGAUUUAUGGAAUUAUGCCCGAGUGUAAUAGACAGAUACCCCAAUGCCGUGUUCUGUGCUUCCCAGUUUGAAUGAAUGCCAGUGGGGGGUAUGCAUCAGAAUUUCCUCCCCCAGCCAAACACCUGUGGUGUUUCAUUUCAUGUCAUGCUUAUUGCUGCUGCUUUUCAUAUCAGGAGAAGGAAGAGGCAAAGAAGAAAGUGGGAGAGAUCAAGAAAAGAAAGAUGGGAACUAGGUAAUGAAAAAAGAAGAAAAGUUAUGGGCAGGGAGUUUUCUUUUUCCUCUCAUCAUUUCUCUUGCUCCCUCACUGCUCUUCUUUUAUUACUUCUUCUCACCACUCUUAGUGGUGGUUUCUUUUCAUUUUGUUUCUUUUGACAAUCACAAAAUUAGCAGUGUAAUUCCUAUCCCACAAAGUGUUUCUGCCUGAAAUUAGAGUUGCUGCAAACAUGUUGACUGGAAAUUGAAAGUAUAACGACAUGGAUAUGUUAAUGUGUAAUCUUGCCAUAUUUUUGAGCUGUGUUUAAGGUUUUUAAAGUAAUAUCUGUAUUGACUUAUUGUAAGAAAAUCCAAAAUGCCACAAGACUCGAGAGGCUGUGUGAGAGUAAACGUGGGCCUAAUAAAUAGCACACCUAAGUCAUCUUAGAAUUGUGAAUAAAAUACUAUUCACUGGUUAGCUGAAAAUUAGAAGCAUACAUUAUCUCUUCCUAGAAAGCAAGCUUUACAAUGAUUUCCACACAAACUGACUUCUGUCUGGGAAUGCAGGAAGUAUUGGAGAGAUUUGUCUGGUAAGAGCUGUUUAGCUGCCUACACUGUUCUUAGAAUGCUUGACAUGAUGCUGUUCACUAAUGCAUAUAUUCAUCCUCUAACAGCUCCAGCAAGUGACAGAAAACUGUUAAGAUCUCUCCAGAUUCCUUAAUGUCCUUGAUUUAACUGACAGCAUUUGUGAACCCAUUAGUGCCUCUUCACAAAAAAAGCCGCUGUCUCAAAACCAAAAUAACCACAUCUUGGAUACACAAUUGGUGUGCGAUACCAAUAACACAGCCUGUGAAUAUUGUUGUCUAGCAUUUUAGCUUUGGCUACGGCUGCUAAUGCAUAGAUUUCCCAAAUGUUUAAAUUCAUCCAAUCAAUAUAUAACAGGCAUCAUUAAAAACUCAAUAUUUGUCUCCCCUCUAAUUAUUAUAGAGCUAUAGAGUAUCUUCUAAAUACAGAAAGAUGUUGUGGCUAACAGAGGUACCUGGGACAGUGAAUGUUAACCCUAAUUAAAUGAAAUGCAAAACUUAAGUUGUGAUUUGAACUACAGGCGUGCUUAGGGGAAGUAAGUAUAUGUCUCUGUAUGGACUAAUGGGAAUUGGGUACGUGCCAGUUACCUGCCUCCCUGGGGUACUUCAAUGCCACUUGCUAUGUAGCAUAACUGAGCCAAUAUAGACUGUGGUAGUAAUUUGAUCUGGUAAAGGCUAUUAUUAAAUUAUUACUAUGCUGAAGCAAGGGGAGAACAGAAAGAAAUGUUCCUGGAGUGCUGUGACUACUACCACCCAUGAAUUAAUAUGACCUUUGUUCUUGAUGUAACCCUUCUGCCAGGCCAAGUUAAUAGCAGGAAGG